AUGUUGGCGAUUUUCGACAAAAAUGUAGCCAAGAGCCCUGAGGCUCUGCAGAGUCCGGAAGGUGGAUCUGCUUCUGCUCUGAAAGAUGAUUUCUUGCUCAACCAUUUCUCCUCCGUUUAUCCAUCCGCCGUUAAGAUCAAUUUCGGAUCUUCUGGUCACAUCGCUUGCUCGCUCGAUAAACAGAAUCCUCUCCUUCCCAGGUUGUUUGCUGUGACAGAUGAUGUGUUCUGCAUCUUCCAAGGACACAUAGAGAACAUUCCAAUUCUGAAGCAACAAUAUGGACUGACAAAAACAGCAACCGAGGUCACCAUUGUGAUCGAAGCCUACAGAACCCUCAGAGACCGUGGUCCAUACUCUGCUGACCAAGUUGUCAGAGACUUCAAUGGGAAGUUCGCUUUCUUGCUCUUCGACUGCUCCACCAAAAACGUCUUCCUCGCCAGUGAUGUUGAUGGGAGUGUUCCUCUCUUCUGGGGAACUGAUGCUGAAGGACAUCUCGUUCUCUCUGAUGAUGUUGAAACCGUGAAGAAAGGUUGUGGUAAAUCCUUUGCACCAUUCCCAAAAGGAUGUUUCUUUACAUCAUCUGGAGGCUUGAGGAGCUAUGAGCAUCCGUUAAACGAGUUAAAGCCUGUACCGAGAGUGGACAGUUCGGGUGAUGUUUGCGGUGUGACUUUCAAAGUUGAUUCCGAGACCAAGAAAGAGAUGCCUAGAGUCGGGAGUGUCCAGAAUUGGUCUAACCAAAUCUGA